UAAAAACCCGUCAGUUUGUGAAAAUGUGUUAGUGCGCACUGUCAGGACUGGAAGCGAACUCCUUUGACCAUCUAUUACGCUUCUCUAUAACUGUUCUUCACUUGACACUGUCUAACCUGCCUUUAAUUGGAUUUUGUGAAGUGAAGAAAAACGCAAAUUUUGACCAGCAGGUAACAUUUCUGGUACUAAUUGAAGAGCGGAAACCUUCAUUAUCUUGUGGACAGCAUAUUUGGCAUUUAUUAAGUAGCCAUGCCUGUAGUCAGAGGAUUGUUUGCUCUCAUACUGGGGUCGUCGGUGUUCUUCCCUAGAACUGAUUCUGCGUUGCCAGGCGACGCGGGAUGCGCAGCAUCGAUUAUCUGUCCUAUAGUUUUUGACGAGAUGACAAAUACUGAGGUGCAGCUGGUACCUAAAUUGGUUCUACCCUCGUCUAGCGUCAUGUCAAACUUAAUGGAGUCUGCUGGUGUCUCCGGUGGGAACAAGUGGACCUGUAGCUAUCCAGAUAUUGAUGACUGUGCAAGUUCCCCUUGUAGCAGUCGACACCGUUGUAUAGAUGGAGAAAGGUCUUACAAAUGCGAGUGUAUAGCCGGUUAUGCUGGGCCGAACUGCGAAGUUGAUAUCAACGAAUGUGCCAGUAACCCCUGUCAGAAUGGAGGAACAUGCGUGGAUAAACUAAACCGUUAUUCCUGCUCUUGCCACAAAGGUUUUGAUAGUGGCCAAUGCCAAACGAGAAAAAUGUACAAGUCUACUACAUGCGAAGACGACAUCAUAACCCUAGAUUGUGGACAGGACAACUGCAUUCAUAUCGUAGAUGCAAACUUCGGUAGGAUUUCUGGCGCACAAAUUUGUUCCACCAAUAGGACACUGACUGUGGAUUGUUUCGCAGACUCAUUAUUGGCAGUGAGAACGUCAUGCGAAGGGGUAUCUAGUUGUACCAUGACCGUCAACACGGCAACGUUUGGAGACCCUUGCUUCUCUAUACCGAAGUACCUCACCAUUAAACAUCAGUGCUUGUGUGGCUUUCACACUAAUGACAGUGGCACCAACCAUAAUUAUCACUGGCUGUUCCCGGUUAGUCGGAUCCAAAACGGAGAGUUCAAGUUUCUUGUGAGAGCGGAUAACGACGUGCAUGUUGGACUGGCUAACCGAGCAUCCCUAUAUGGGGAGUAUGUCGAAUUCGCAUUUUGUGGAUGGGACAACUCUGCUGCUGGAAUUAAGCGAGACUGCGUCGAUUGUUUACCAGUCAUCAAAGUACCGGGUACUCUCUGCCAAACCGAUGCCUUCACGGAUUUGUGGAUAACCUUUGCCGACGGACUCUACCAAGUGGGGUUAGCAGACCAAACCGAACCGUUUAUCCAGUGGCAGGAUCCGAACCCUUUUGACGUCACUCAUUUGGGCGUGUUCUCUGGCUACGGCUCCGACGCUGAUUGGAUGUUUUACUCGCACUGUAUCCCAUAAUACUUUCACGGUUGUACUGCGCAUGGUUCGCAAUCACGGAAAUUAAAACACGAAAAUACAUUUUCAGUUCUGAGUUUGCGAUCACCAUUUCGUUGGCAGGCAAAACAGAGUCUCUGAACUGCAAGGCCAUGUAGACUGCACAAUCUACUGUUCUGCAUAGAUUAUGAACUAUUAUAUUAGAUAUAGCCGGAGAGCGAAAAGGAUAGGAAAGGCUCAAGGCUUUAUUAAAUUGUGUUUAAGUGUAAAAGAAAGGUCUGUGUUUGCAGAUUGAUCAAUAUCCUUCAUUAACUAAAUUCUAACUUCUUUUCAGAGUUAAAUUUGGUAAAACCAUGAUAUUCUUAGCACUGAUUUUUCUAGGUUUUAACUUGUUUUUUUGAAAAUGUCAAGUAUUUUCUUUAGAAUGACUGACAUUUUAAGCUAAUUCUGUUGAUUAUAGCGAAGAGAAAGUUCCAAACUUCUGCAGAGAUUUUCUUCGAAAGUAAUGUCAUAAGCAAAUAAGGGUGGGGGGGGGGGGGGGUGGUUCUUUUUUUAACCAGCUUCCAAUUCGAUUUACACAUUUUCCUUUGAUUACUGUAUGUGACCUUAUUGAAUGAAGAACGUGGAAUGGAAGAACGCCCUCUGCUGAUUAGUAAUACACUAGUUAGUCUCGGUACAGUUGUAAUCCACUUUAAGCGUGAAUUAACGUUGUUCCACUCACAUGCUCAAUCACCCAGACCUUGAUAAUUUUACCUAUUCCAGACUCGGGACUUGAAUGCUCUGUAUAAA